AUGGUUAAGUCUCGUUUGUAUCUUUUGUUACAAUUAUGCGUGCUGACGGCGUCUCAAAAGAUGAUUUUAGAUUCACCAAUAAAUUUGUACUAUUAUUGGCAAGUUCGUAACUGGCUUUCACAAAGUAUCGGAGCAAAUAAUCACGACGGGGGAUCAGUCUCACAAUCAGCGCGAAAUAAAAGUAAACUUCAAAUACAGGUUCCAUCAGACGUUCCAUUUCCUUGCAACGUUAGAGGUGGCAGAUCUCCCAAUGUUCCCGAAUCGGUUCAUCGUUUGAGACCAAGUGACAUAGAUGUUAUUGCCGCGAUGGGCGAUUCUUUGACAGCCGAUGCUGGAAUUUUUGCAACUAAUUUAUUGGAGGUGCUCGUCAAAAAUAGAGGCGCGUCAGCGAGCAUUGGUGGUGAAGGAACUUGGCGAACAUACUUGACGCUUCUCCAUAUUUUUAAAAAAUUUAACCCCAAAUUAUUGGGUUAUGCACUUGGAGAUUCUCUGACUACUCAAUCGGCUUCGCAGUUAAACGUCGCUGACGACGUUAUGAAUGACUGGGAAUGCUUGAGAGAUAUUCAAUCUUAUACUGAAAAACUGGAAAAUCUUGAAAACGAAUUUUACCUCUAUCUCAGCACGGUGCGAAAUUUCGCCCCACAAUCGGCCUAUUUCUAUAAUUUCACGUUUAUGCGAUAUUAUUUCCCUAACAAAUUUCAAGUACCGUUUGAUAUCCAUUCUAAGAUGCAUAUAAAGAAUAUGCCAUUUUGCUUCAUCUAUAGGUAGCAAGAGAUAGACGAAGAAGUUGCUGAUUAUCCAGAAUUUCAUAGAAAUUACUUCACUGUAGAAAUUUUACUGAUUCUGAAAGAUGCAAAAGUACCGCUUGCCGAGGAUGGAUUCGCCGAUCUCUCAUAUCUUACUGCUGAUUGCUUUCAUUCGAAUCAAAAACUACAUGCACUAUAUGCGAGUAACCUGUGGAAUAAUUUGUUGGAACCAGUUGGUAACAAGAGUAGCACUUACACUACGCUAUUUAAAAAAUGUCUGUGUCCUACUUCGGAAAAACCGUUCUUGAUGACGUAUAAAAAUUCACAGAAUAACGAAAAUUAGGGUGGUUAGAGAAAUUAAAAACAGUUUCUUAAAAUAGGCAUUAGUUUGAAAGCAUUUAUCCGGAACUAUUCCGAUGUAACCCUU